GCGUAUCCUCCAUGCCCAACUAAGGAGUGCUCCAAAGGCAGAAUAUGAUUUAUGAUAGGAAAUGAUAGGAAAUGAUGGUAGUUUACUGUGACGCAAUACCAUAUUUACAUACAUAUGGUGAAGAAAAUUCUGCUAUAAAGUACCAUGCGAUUCUCUAUGGCCGCUGAGAGCGCCUUGUUGAAAGCGCUCUAAAAUCUUUGUCGAGUUCUUGUGAAUGGCGAACUUUGACGCCAUUUUUGACGAAAACAUUGAAGGCGUCGAGGAAUCUCGCAUUUCUGAGGACUAUGUUCCUAAUCAACCGGAGCCCGUGGUCGUUCGAGGAGUCGGACACAUGACCCUGUUUGGUUUAAACAGUAAAUUUGACCCGGAUUUUCCUCAAGGACUCAACGCGAAGGUUGCCCCAGAAGAAUAUAAAGCAACCAUAAAUCGUGUGAAUCGAGUGUUAAACAAGACAAUGCCUGUCAGUGUCCGCUGGUUGCUUUGUGGCUGUAUCUGUUGUUGUUGCACACUUGGUAUGUCUCUAUGGCCUGUCGUCUGCCUUAACAAAAGGACCAAGCAUUCUUUAAACAAAAUCUUAGAUGCAGAAAAUUGCCAUCUUUACCAUAAGCUUGGAUUACAUUGGAAACUCAGCAAACAGAAGUGUAACUCUAGUAAUAUGAUGGAAUAUGUACUGUUGAUAGAGUUUUUACCAAAAGCUCAAAUUCUUCGGCCGGACUAGUUAUUAAUUUGUUGGUGAGGUACUACUAGCGAAGUAUUUUGCUGAACUGAAGAUUAUAAUAGAUGAGUUUAAGAACUGUUAGGAGUUUGGCAGUCUAUGCUCAGAGUACAGUGAUGGAAGAUGAUAUGGAAUGUUGGGUUAUUAGUUCUAAGACAUGCAUGUCUUAUGGUUAAGAUUCUAUGUACUUUACAGCGGAACCCGGAUAUCCCAAACUCUUACUUAAACUAACUCUGAUUUGCCUUCAUUGUAUUAACAUCAUGCGAAUGCACCGGGGAGAUAUUCAUUGUGACUGUCAAAAUUUAUGAUUUCUCUCUUAUUUUGAUAUUUCUGUUGAGUUUUUGUCACUAUUUCUAAUGCUCCAUACUUGCAAAUCAGCAAAGAAUACACUAUACCACUGGUGUGUGUGAGGUUGAGACAAUGAUGAAGUUUGAAUUACCAGAGUUUCACGGUAUGAAAAAAGUUCUUAAUUAGUUUUUUUUUCAUCAGGAGUGUUUUUACUUUGCCGUACAGUAUAUGCUGUGCAAUUAUGAUACAUGGGGCAUGUGUAAAAAAUGUACAUAAUAAUAUCUUAUUUUUUUUAAUUAUAUUGGACACUGA